AUGGCUAUCAAGUCACGCAUCUCCUCGCCCCUCGAGGCCGGUCCCUCCAUCCUCGACGUCCAGCACUUACCGCCCAACCUGACAGAGGCCCUCGAAUACGCCUCCCACCGCCUCACCCGCAAGGGCAUCCACACAACCCUCAUCGUCCUGCGCAGAGACUACCAGCUGCCCCUCGCCAGCGCCGACGGCCCCUCGCCCUGGUCGCCAACCCACGCCCGCACCGCGAGCGCCCCCCUGCGCAUGCCGUCCUUCGCCACGUCCCCCAUGGUCGCCUCCUUCAAGAAGCUCGUGCGCACCGGCAGCGCGACCGCCGCCUCGCGCGCCGACACCCCGCGCCUGCGCUGGCCCCUGACCCCCGCCACCCCCGCCACGCCCCUGACCGCCUCGUCCGCCGGCACCGACGCCGGCCACGGGCCCAUGGCCGCCAACGCCUUCGGCCUGCGCCUCGUGCUGGCCCAUGUGCUGACGGACCGCGAGGAGAGGGUGCUGCGGCAGACGAUUGAGCGGGCCGAGAACAAGUUCCGCAUCGGGACGGAAUGGCUGUCGCCCGCCACCGACGCCGCGAGCAGCGGCCUCGCGGCGCCGCUGAUCCGCCGCUCCCUCGCCCAGAACGAGGUCCUCUUCGCCUCCGACGGCCUGACGCUCGUGUCGCUCGACAGGCUGUACACCUUCAAGGCGGCGCUGGCGAGCUUCGCGCGCACGGGCCGCGUCAACCGCGGCGAGCUCGUCAGCACGUACCGCUGGAUCGGCCUCGGCGAGGGCGCCCUCGGCGAGGUCGACAGGAUGUACAGGCGGGAGUACGGCGGCGUCGGGCGCCGGGGCGGCGUCGCGGGCCUGCGCGUUGACGGGGACGAGUCGGAUGCCGAGACGAUCAUGGAGGACGAGACGGAUGAGGUCGAGGAGGAAGAGCGGUCCGAGGUCGUACUGGUGACAAAGGACGAGCACGCUGGACACGAUAAGCCCGACGAGCCCGACGAGCCCGACGAGCCCGACGAGCCCGAGGUCCAGAUUUGCGUGGCCUUGGCGCCGCUGAAGAUUGGCAAGCCGCCGUCGCCCAAGGCGGCGCCGGUGCUCAAGCUCCAGACGCAGUUUGACGCAAAGGUGUUCCGGCCCGUGGCCCGCGGCAUCGCGCCGCAGCCGCAGCCUGAAGACGAGGAGCAGCUGACGGCGCGCCCAGGCCGGGACAGCCGCCAGAACCAAAUCUGGAGCCCCGUCUCCAUCGCCGAGGUGUUGGGCGACGAGGGGAGGACGGCGCAGAGGCUCGGGCCCAUGACGCCAAACGGGUACGAGGACAUCUCGCCCAUCACGCGAGGCGAAUGGGGUUUCCUCAUGGGACCGGGCGGCGCCCAGAGCGGGAGGACGGCGGCCGUGGUGACCUGUUGA